GUUGGAUUAUAUAACGCUAAUGCGGGAUGGGAUGGGAUAUGUCGCAUUCUGUUCGCUUCUUGGAGGUACUGUUGCAUAGCAUGCACGGGUUUCAAAAAUUGGGUUGGGCUUCCCACUUGUUGAGAAAGGUUUGCAUGCGCUUGGGUGCGCACGCUCAUUUGGCAGCAUUGGGCGGUUCAUGGGCUCGACACUGGCUCCUGGAGCCGAAGAACCAAAGAUUCUUGAACUACACAAGAAUUUCUCACAUUUUCUCACUCUUGCAUCUGACACACUCCAGCCUCCAGAGAGCAUGGGCGCCGUCUUCGGGCUAAUAUCUCGCAUUUUUCGAUUCUUCUGCAACUUGCUCGUCGCUCUUUUUGCCUUCCUCUUCUCAAGGAAACAGCAGCGAGGGAAGCCCGCUGCUAUUCCCCCCGAGCAUACCGAGUCGUCGUCGAUCGAUUCAAUGGAUCCCAUCGACGGCGGCCCUCCCGCCGACCAGUCUACUGCAUCAGGCACAGAUAUUGAAUACGUCCAGGCGUCCUUCACCUCAGACUCACGGCCUGAAUCUCCCUCGGUGCUGCACAUCGAAUAUGUCCCGGGGUCAGGUCCGCGGCCUGAAUCCCCCUCAGUCGUCCACAUCGAAUACGUCCCGGGGUCGCAAUUAGACCCGCGACCUGAAUCCCCUUCAGUCCUGCACAUUGAAUACGUCCCGGGGUCAGGUCCGCGACCUGAAUCCCCCUCGGUCCUCCAUAUCGAAUAUGCCCCCGGCCCACAAUCUUCACACCCGCGGUCUGAGUCCCCCUCAGUCCUCCACAUCGAAGACAUCGCAGCCCAAGAUCAAGAGCCCCUACUGCAACCUCACAUAUACACUCCCCCACAGCACUUAGCAUAUCCUCCCCCCUCAACGGCAACGUCGAACACCAGCAUCCCCUGGACCGCGGACAUAGAGGACAUACCCCCCCUUAUGCUGGACGAGCCACCCAGCCUCACGUCACCGCACACCUCCAGCUCAGGCUCAAUCUCGACAACACAGCCAACACCCGCACCGCCGCGACCCCGCCCCUCCCUCCUUCGGGCCCAAACCUCAGCCGCCCGCCCACCAGCCCCCCUCCUCCGCCGCCGCAACGACGUCACACCCAGACGACGCUCGCAACUCCCCCUCGGCAGCCUCACCCCCGACCACGAACUCCCCAGCUUCUCGCGCAUACUAGGCGGCACGGCGCCUAGCCACGCACUAUCCGAGCAAACCCAUCGCGAAGCCGAAGACCAGGACCUCAGGCCCGCCGACAACGCAGCAAAAGGGAAGCAGAGCAUGCGGGCGCGCGAGGACGAGUACGAGGAGGUCGUGUAUCUCGAUGGGUUUGUGCUGGAUCCGGGGAGCUCGAAGUAUGCGCAGCGGAUUCGGGGUGCGCCGACGGGGUAUUGGUUUUGGGAGAGGAGGGCGCUGGUCAGGAAGGGGGAGUGGUGAGUGACGGGGGCUGGAGUUGGAGUUAGAGUGGGAGUGGGGGGAGGAUGUGGUAGGUAAUCUGGUGCGUCUGGGCUUUUUAAAUUUAUUUAU